AUGCAGCGAGAGAAUGAACAAAUUCAACGCGAGAAUCAAGAAUUACUCAAGCACAUCGAAGAAUUGCGUGCGUCUCAAAAAUGCCAAGAGCAAAUGCUGGAGCGCCAAAACGUUCUUAUCUGCGCAAUGGAAACCCAGCAAGCAAAGGCCGAAUGUUUUUUGUCUGAGCAGAAUAACUAUAACUCAGCGGCUCAUUCUCAGCAUCCAAGAGCUCCGCCUGAAAGUUACCCGUAUGAUGAGUUGAUGGCUUUGGUGGAGACGUAUAGAGAUGAGUCUAGGAUAAGCAACACCCUGAAGAGAAAGGCGGAAGAUGUGACGAGCGGCGACGUUAAGCGACAAGCUUUAUAUGAAAUUCAGCCAACGCAAGAAUGA